GGUGCGUAGAUACCGGCUGCCACCACAUCUAAUCCUAGACACUCUCUCCAUAAUAGAGAGUGAUCUGGAGUCUGAAAUUCGGUAUCCUACAGCAAUACCACCAUUGACACAAUUCCUUGCAGUGUUACAUUUUUUGGCCACAGGAUCAUUCCAGCAUGUUGUUGGAGACCUGGUUGGCAUGUCGCAGGGCCAGUUCAGUAAGGUCCUGCGACGUGUCUGCCAGGCUUUCAUCAAGCGUGUUAAGCAAUUUAUUGCUAUGCCUUUGGAUGUUGGUGCCCUAGAUGUGGUGAAGCGGCAAUUUGCGGAAGGUGGUAGUCGCUUUCCACAUGUUAUUGGGGUUGUGGAUGGCACACAUGUUGCUAUUCAGCCACCAAGACAUAAUGAAGAAAUUUAUAGAAACAGGAAACUGUUUCAUUCUCUGAAUGUAAUGGUUGUUUGUGGGCCAUCCCUCCAGAUCCUUUCCCUGAACGCAAAGUUUACAGGGAGUUCCCAUGAUGCGUAUGUCAUUAGACAAUCAGGGAUAUGGCAGAGAUUAAGAUCAAGUCAACGACCAGACAUGUGGUUAUUGGGAGACCGUGGAUAUCCUUGCACCCCCUGGCUCAUGACUCCUUACCGUAAUCCCAGGCCAGGACCACAGAUGGCAUUUAACUCCGCGCUUACUGCCACUAGGCAGCUGGUGGAGCGCACAAUUGGUGUCCUGAAAGGGCGCUUUCGUGUGCUCCACCGCACGGGUGGCGACAUCAUGUAUUCGCCGGAGAUGGCAAGUAAAAUAGUGGUCCUGUGCGCAAUACUCCAUAAUAUCGCGGUAAGGAGUAGUGUUGAGCUUCCUCAGGCAGAGGAAUUGCCUGAUGAGGAGCCAGGGGUUGUGCCACGCUUCGGUGGGGGGAGUGUGACACGGAGGGGGAGCCAAGUGAGGGCAAGAAUCGUAGCAGAACAUUUCAGCUGAAUGAUCACACGACCUGUGGACAACAACAACGGCACAACUCCCCACCCCCUUCCCCUUCCCACUCACCCUCCCCUUCUCACUCCCCCUCCCCUUCUCAUUCCCCCUCCCCUUCUCACUCCCCCUCCCCUUCACAGUCCCCCUCCCCUUCUCACUCCCCCUCCCCUUCACAGUCCCCCUCAGCUUCCCAGUCCCCAUCAUCUUCCCAGUCCACCUCAUCUUCCAAGGCCCCCUCAUCUUCCCUGGCCCACUCCACUUUCCAUUCCCCUUCUCACCACACCUCUCCAUCUCUUUCUGGGACCCCUUCUCCUCCUUCCCAUACCCCUUCUCCUUCAUCUUCGUCAUCCCCAUCUGAACCCCCCUCACCCUCUAUUGCCUUACAUUUCUCUCCACCCCCCUCGCCCUCGCAAUCAGACCCCCCCUCUGAAAUUGUUGCUCCAAUCCAGCCUCCUUCCCCAAUCCCUCCUCCUUCCCCAAUCCCUCCUCCUUCCCCAAUCCAUCCUCCUUCCCCAAUCCCUCCUCCUUCCCCAAUCCCUCCUCCUUUCACCAUCCCUCAGCCGGCUUCACCGAUCAUGCCAAGCUCACCACCCAGUGAAUGGGCACAGGAAGCCCCUGACGAACCAUCCGGGAGUCAGGAUGUUGCCGUGGAAAAUGUUGCCGUUGGAGAUCCAACAUCCUUGCAGGAUAUAGUUGGCAGUAUGAGGCGCCAUCUCCAGGCCUUGGUGGGGCUUUUGGACGCCAUGCAAAAAUUUUGUUAAUUUUAUUAUUAUAAUUUUAUAUAUUAUAAAAAAGGAUAAUAUCAGUAUUCCACUUUUAAAAAAAAAUAAACUAAUAAAUUUAAAAAC